AUGUAUUCAACGACAACGAACAAUGAUGCUUUUAAAAACGCUAUUGAAGAAAAUGAAGAAAAAGGAGAAAUUUACCAAAAUCCAAUCGGUUAUAAUCGUUCAUCAUUUGUUCCACGUCAAAUAUCAUUUUCUCAACGACAAGCAACACUUGGUGAAAUAAUUCUUGUUCUUUUACCUUAUUUUAUAUUGCUUGUCGACAUAUUUAUUUUUUUUCUUUUACGUGGUUUUAAAUUAACUUGA